AUGGCUGAGUUUUGGACAGCAGUUGAAGUACCGAAUCCUACCAACGGAGUGAAGGCUCCCUUGCCUAUGUGCUCGAAACCCAAGGGGCCGCGUCAAGCACAUGCCAUGGCAUCUAUUCGCUGGGAGACGUACAUUGGCUCCAAGCACCACUCUAAGGGUCGGAUUACUUUGCAGCAACGACAUGAUAAGAAGAAAUGCAUCCCUCGCUAUCGUCUUCUUCUUGAGGCUCGCCGCGUCUCCCUUGACGGCCUAAGAAUGAGUGAUGCGGUGUACUUCGACAGUAUUCGACUUCCAGUUAGGUGCAGGUGGGAGUCUGAAGAGAACGAAUUGAACAAUUUGGAGGCUACAGUUGUGAGCAGGAAUCGGCUUGGCAAGGUUGUUUCACUUGAGUUUCCUCCCAGCGUAUUUGGCAUCAAGAAGAUCGAAAUCAGCAUGACUUUGGCUGGAGGGCACAUCAUGGCAGAGGCGGUCAAGCUUGCAGACAAGGAGCGCAAAGCCAUCCUCUUCGGUGGAGCCUGAACAUCAACAACAACAACCACGGAUGUGGCUGCGUUGGACGACCUGCCUCCACCUGAUUUCGGUUUCCCACCGCCGUAUUUUGGCGAAAAGUGGGGUUUUCCGGGGAAGUUUAUUUGGUCAGCAGCCGUGGACAACACAAUUCAUCCAAGACAAUGGCCAUGCUAUCGACGGAGAUAGCUCU